AUGCCUCUCUACAACGUUACCCUGAAGAAGGACUCACCCCCCGAGGAGUUGGAAAAGGCCAAGCAGACGGCUAAGGACAAGGGCGGAAACAUCAAACACGAAUACACUCUUAUCAAAGGCUUCACUGUUGAAUACCCAGAGGACCAUGUGGACACCCUCCAGGCCAGCGAGCAUAUCCAUGUCGAGCAGGAUCAAGAGGUGAAGAUUCAGUGA